AUGAAGUCAUCCGUGCAGGCGUUGCUGCUCGAUAUGGACGGCGUGUUGGCCGAGGUGUCCCAGUCCUACCGCCAGGCCAUCAUCGACACUGCGCGUCACUUCGGCGUGCCUGUCACGCACGAGGACAUCGACCGGCACAAACUGGCGGGCAAUGCCAACAAUGACUGGCAGUUGACGCACCGUCUGGUCCUGGACGGUCUUAACAACGCCAGAGCUGCCCCCACACUAGAAGCAGUCACGGCUCAAUUCGAGGCUCUGUAUCAAGGUGUGGGCAACACUCCGGGUCUGUGCGAGCUUGAGACGCUGCUCACGCCCGAGGGAUUGUUGCGUGAGCUGCACCGUCGUCUUCCCAAAGGCAUGGCGGUGGUCACGGGACGACCUCGCAAGGACUGCGUCAAGUUCUUGACCGCUCACGGCAUCGAGGACUUGUUCCCAGUGCAGAUCUGCAUGGAGGACUGUCCGCCUAAGCCAUCACCGGAGCCCAUUCUUCUUGCACUCAAGGCUCUGGGUGUCGAGGCCCCAUACGCCGCCAUGGUUGGAGACACCGUGGACGACAUCAUCGCUGGCCGCAAGGCUGGAACUAUUGCCUACGGUGUCUUGACCCCACAGACGUACGCCAAGUCGAUCCUAGACCAAACACCUGCAGCUAUUGGCAAGGUAUUGGAAGAGGUCGGAGCUUCAGUUGUGCUGACUCCGGGACUUGCAGAGCUGCUGGACCUCGUCCCUCCAGAGACGUCGAUUAGUGUCAAGCUGUCGCUGGACGGCACGGGCAAGUCCACGGUGAGCUCUGGCAUUGGAUUCCUGGACCACAUGCUGACGGCUUUAGCCAAGCAUAGUCGCUUCGACCUGGAACUUGACUGCAAGGGCGACACGUGGAUCGACGACCACCACACGACGGAGGACUGCGCGUUGACGCUCGGCGAGGCCUUCGAUGUCGCGCUGGGCGACCGCGCGGGUAUCGCUCGCUUCGGCUCGGCGUGUGUACCGCUGGAUGAGGCUCUGUCCCGCGCUAUCGUGGACAUCUCGAGUCGCGCGCACAGCGAGAUUAACCUGCAGCUGGUGCGUCCGAGCGUGGGCGAGCUGUCGUGCGAGAUGAUCACACACUUCUUCGAGUCGUUCGCCAGCGCCGCUCGUCUCACGCUGCACGUGGAUGUGCUCCGUGGCCGCAACGACCACCACCGCGCCGAAGCGUCCUUCAAGGCGCUGGCCGUCGCGCUGCGUACUGCCGUCAAGCACGACGCCACUGCGGGCGUUCCGAGUACCAAAGGUGUUUUAGCGUGA